UUUAUAAAGCUCCGAGUUGCUCCGUCUCCUUCCACCUUCAGCCAUUUUAACCAUGUUAGGAGCUGUGGGACGCUGCUGCUCCGGGGCUUUGCAGGCUCUCAAGCCUGGGGUCCAGCCCCUGAAAGCCCUCGUUGGAUCCCCGGCUGUUCUUUCUCGCAGGGACUAUGUCGCUCCUGCCGCCGCCGCCAGCGCCGCCACAGGCCGCAUUGUGGCCGUCAUCGGCGCCGUCGUCGACGUCCAGUUCGACGAGGGCCUCCCUCCCAUCCUCAACGCCCUGGAGGUCACCGGCCGCGACUCUAGGCUAGUCCUGGAGGUUGCUCAGCAUCUUGGUGAGAACACAGUGCGUACCAUCGCUAUGGAUGGUACCGAGGGUCUGGUUCGUGGACACAAGGUUCUGGACACCGGUGCCCCCAUCAGAAUCCCAGUGGGCCCCGAGACCCUGGGGAGGAUUAUGAAUGUGAUCGGCGAGCCCAUCGACGAAAGGGGUCCAAUCAGCACCAAACAAACUGCACCUAUCCAUGCUGAGGCUCCUGAAUUCACCGACAUGAGCGUGGAGCAGGAGAUUCUGGUGACUGGCAUUAAGGUGGUGGACCUGCUGGCCCCUUAUGCCAAGGGAGGGAAAAUUGGGCUGUUUGGUGGCGCCGGAGUAGGAAAGACUGUGUUGAUCAUGGAGCUGAUCAACAAUGUGGCCAAAGCCCAUGGUGGUUACUCCGUGUUCGCUGGCGUGGGCGAGCGGACCCGCGAGGGAAACGACUUGUAUCAUGAGAUGAUCGAGUCUGGUGUCAUCAACCUGAAGGACACUACCUCUAAGGUGGCGCUGGUGUACGGACAGAUGAACGAGCCCCCAGGCGCCCGCGCCAGAGUGGCGUUGACUGGACUGACCGUGGCCGAGUACUUCCGUGACCAGGAGGGUCAGGACGUGCUCCUCUUCAUCGACAACAUCUUCCGCUUCACACAGGCCGGUUCUGAGGUGUCUGCCCUGCUGGGUCGCAUCCCCUCUGCUGUGGGUUACCAGCCCACUCUGGCCACUGACAUGGGUACCAUGCAGGAGAGAAUCACCACCACCAAGAAGGGUUCGAUCACAUCUGUGCAGGCCAUCUAUGUGCCCGCUGACGACUUGACUGACCCUGCUCCCGCCACCACCUUCGCUCACUUGGACGCCACGACUGUACUGUCCCGUGCCAUCGCCGAGUUGGGCAUCUACCCUGCCGUGGAUCCCCUGGACUCCACCUCCCGUAUCAUGGACCCCAACAUUGUCGGAGCUGAACAUUACGACGUCGCCCGUGGCGUGCAGAAGAUCCUUCAGGACUACAAGUCCCUUCAGGACAUCAUCGCCAUCCUGGGUAUGGAUGAGUUGUCCGAGGAGGACAAACUGACUGUGGCCCGCGCCCGCAAGAUCCAGCGUUUCCUGUCUCAGCCCUUCCAGGUGGCUGAGGUCUUCACAGGCCACUUGGGCAAACUGGUGCCCCUGAAAGAAACCAUCAAGGGCUUCAAGAGCAUCCUUGGAGGCGAGUAUGAUAACCUGCCUGAGCAGGCCUUCUACAUGGUCGGUCCCAUUGAGGAAGUGAUCCAGAAAGCUGAGAAGCUGGCUGAGGAGCACUCAUAAACACCUGAACAUUCUGAGCAGAGGGGGAGGGUCCUAUGGUUAGGAGCACUUGGUUUGUAAAACAUGUCAAAAAUACAAAUGUACCUGUCUUGUCGCCCUGAAGAAAGUUCUAUUUAAUGUUUCCAGUGAAAGAUAGAAUAAACCACUGUCUUUACACAAACAGACUUGUCAACUGCAUAUUUCAUGAGCUUUAGCUGUAAUAGAGGCCUGUUCCUUGAGAAAUCUUAUGAAAUGAUUGUCCUCUAUUGUGACCACAAGAUGGCAGACUUGAGCUGUAAAACUUUUGAGUUGUGUUGCAGAUUGUUACGUUUGGAAAUAAAACGGACAAAUUGGAAACUUUU